CCGUCAGAUGUCACAAUGGCAGCCGUAACGAGUUUACACGUGUUUCGUAGCUUCAGUUUAAACAGAUUUGUCUUUCCAUUUCGAUUAGUAACAAAAAGACGUUUGAAUAGCUCUAGACAGUUAUUACAAAUUAAAAAACCAAAAUUAACAAUGUCUUAUUCAACGGUAGAGCGUGGUGCACCAAACACUACAGAUUUCCGAAUAUACUUUAGAAAUGACGAAAGUCCUAUCUCACCCAUGCACGAUAUACCUCUCUAUGCUGACGAAGGUAACAAAAUCUUUCACAUGAUUGUUGAGAUUCCACGAUGGACAAAUGCAAAAAUGGAAAUUAAUUUGAAAGAACAAUUAAAUCCAAUUAAGCAAGAUGUCAAAAAAGGGAAGCUUCGAUUUGUACCUAAUUGUUUCCCUCAUCAUGGAUAUAUUUGGAAUUACGGUGCAAUUCCUCAGACUUGGGAAAAUCCGGAAGUACUUGACGAAGCUACCGGUUUCAAAGGAGAUAAUGAUCCCAUUGAUGUUCUUGAAAUUGGUUACCGGGUAGCAAAGAGAGGAGAAGUUUUGAAAGUUAAAGUUCUUGGUACUGUAGCUCUAAUUGAUGAAGGUGAAACUGAUUGGAAAAUUAUAGUUAUCAAUGUUGAUGAUCCGUUAGCAGAGCAGAUGAAUGAUAUCGGAGAUGUGGAAAAACACUAUCCUGGUUUAUUGAAGGCAACAAUUGAGUGGUUUAAAAUUUAUAAAAUUCCUGAUGGAAAACCAGAAAAUCAAUUUGCUUUUAAUGGUGAAGCAAAACCUCGUGAUUUUGCUUUACACAUUAUAGAAGAAGUUCACGAGCACUGGAAAAAUCUUAUCAAACGUGAGACUGAAACUUCUGGAAUUUCAUGUAUGAAUUUAACUGUGGAUGGGAGCCCAUUUAAAAUUGAUGCAAGUGCAGCUGAAGAUAUUUUAAAUCAAGCCCCUGAACCUGCUGAGCCUGAACAACCAGAGCCAACUGUUGAUAAAUGGCAUUACGUGCAUCUUAAGUGAAGAUGCAAACAUUAAAACACGAAGGACAAGGUGAUAAGAUCGGAAAUAAAUUAACUGUAACGCAAUGCAGGUUUUUUCUUCUGUAUGUACUGAUUAUCUAUCUUGCGCAUAACAAAUUCCAUGAUAUUGUUAAUUAAGUUCUAUUGUAAUUACAUUGAGAACAAUCAUUUAUUGCACAGCAAAAAGAAGGUACAUUAGAUGUAACAAUUGCAUUUCAAUUUAAACACUAACUGCUUUAUAAAACAAAUUUGUAUCGUGGAAAGUACAAGAUUAAUGAAAAUAAAAAAUAGUGAGAAUUGAGGUAAUUAA